AUGUCGUCGCCAUCGAACGCGGUCUACAAAGGCAAAUUCACCCACAGAUGGUGGCCCCAGCUCCCCGGUGAGCUUGUGAGGCUCAUUGCAACAUACUAUCUGUGGGAUCUCUCCAUCACAAACUACUGCCCACAACAAUGGGACUCGAGGGAUCAAUGGUACUCAAGAAUGGUGUACACUGCGCUGCGCGACGCCGCUGAUAUAGAGACCAAGUUCAUGCAGAUAUGCCCGCAAUGGAGUCUGGCCAUGGAGACGCACCUAUUCUGGCAGCAAGCUGUCGCGCUGAUCGACCCUCUCGAUAACAUGGGCCAAUUUGCUUUCGCUCGCAUGAACCCGAACUCUGCCCAAGUUCCCCAAACACUCCGACUCACCCCAUACCGUCAUUUCCGUAACAUCACUAUGUGCAGUUGCUUCGUAUGCCGCAUCAAUUUACCAGCAACAAAUCAAGGGCUAGCGCAUGCGAAACGGACACAACAUACACCAUACCUUGGGACUGUGCCCGUAUGCCGCGAUCACAACCGCAAGGGCGCCUUCUGUGGCCUAUGUCUACGUGAGGCCGACGCGCAGCAAGAUACCCUCAUAGUCUGCUGCCUGGAGAACGAGGACGAGGAAAGCUGGCCCGGUGUCGACGCCACAUGUCGUUCAUGCCGGAGUGAAUGGCUAUGGCGUAGGGUCUGCAACAGCCCCCGGGACCGCGAUGCGAUUGGCGGCUUUAAGUUCAAUAGCCCGGAUUGGGAGACGCGUCAAACUGUUGACGGGUUUAUCGAUCUUGCCGAAGGAACUAUCACUGAUGUCAUAACGCUGGCUCAAGAAAAGUAUUGGCUCCGACAGUAUACGAAACUUCCAGAACUACUUUCUCAAGCCCUCGCUGCAUCAAGAUACGUCGGAUACGAAAACGAAGCAGCCGACGAUGAUCUAACGCUCAGCGAACUGGAGGCGGAAGAAGAAGAGGAUGCCGAUUUGAUGCAAAUGACGGAGGAGUCGGGAGGCGUGCGCGAGCUUGCGAUUUCGGAUUGGGCACGAAACCGCAUCCUCGACGGUUUUUGGUGGAGUCCAGCGGAUCAGUAUUACGGAAACUUCGUGCCCAAUCGUCCCCGCGUUGUGAGAGCGGUUCACCCCUGUCCUUGGGCGUUGGACGAGUCGGAGGUUCAACGAGAUGGCGCAGAAGACCAUCCAAGGCAGGCGAUAGUGACAGCAGACAUACCCCCAUCCUACGCUCUAUGCGAGCAGGCCUACAACGCGUUUCAGCGGCAACAAAGGACUAUUCUAUUCCCUGCCAUGAGAAAUAUCGUCAGGAAGCUGGUCAUAGAAUGUGGCGCUGAUGGUGUUGAUCCCGCUGUCAAAGCUGCCCGUAUGACACCCGAGGAUGUGUUGGCCGAGCUGAGAGAGGAGGCAGUCUGGUAUGACGGUAUAGAUUGGCUAGAGAAACGGAGAAACGCGCGAAGAGACCAGGAAGAGGCGAAACUAAGAAGGCUGAGGGAGGAGGGAAGCGACGACUCUUCGUCUUCAACGAAGAGCGACGGGUCUCACACAACAAGCCCGGUUCUCUCCACUUCAACUCUGCAGACAACACCUUCCCCCCCGCCAGUGGAUAAUAAAGACGACUCGAAUAUAGAUACCCACUUGGGACGAGUGACAAUCGCCGUGGCUCCUGUGCUUGAUCCCCCGCGAUUAUUAAGGUCGAUACCGUACAUUCCCAUCACAAUUUCAAACCUGCCACAAUAUAGCCUAGAGGCAUUCAAAGCGGUAUGGCGUGAGGCGUGUGCGCCCUUGUAUCAUUGCCGAUGCCGAGUCUGCGAACGCGCUCAAGCAAAGGCGAGCGGAGGAGCUGUUGCCCCGAUAGUCGUGCCCACUCAGCAAGCCUCUGCGCCAUCAAUCACGGCCCCGCAGAAACCUCUCGAAAUACGUUUGGAAGCUGCAAUCGACUUGGACGGCGGGCGUAUCAGCGAAGAUGGAGAGGCGGAAGCGGAGGAGGAAGAGGAGGAAGACGACGGCUCAGAUGUUGCCGAAGACGGAUCUUCCUCUGAAGCCGCUUCCCAGUUUUCACCAGCCAGCACGUCGCCACCCCUGCGGUCGAGAAAGCGAUCAAAUGAGGUACUCGACAACGAAGAUGAUCUUGAUGCAGAGGGUGAAUUGGACGAGAACGACGAGAACUCGACUACUCGGAUAGCGACUCUUGAGAAAGCGCGGCCGCGUGUCCUAAGGAUAUCGGAAAUGCGACAAUCACCUCCUAAAAAACCCAGAAGAGGGGGUUCCUACAAUUCAAUAGUCUCGCCUGGCCGUUUACGCAAACGCGGCUCCGAGGAACUAGACGACGCUGAAGAUGACAACGAAGUUAAAGGGAACGGGACCAAACGCACUAAGGUGUCUGCAGAUCCCACUGCGGACCAUGAAAGCCCUCCAAGCUCUUUGACAACGUCACUACUUGCUUAUAGUGACGGGGACUACGAGAGCUCACCUGACGACUGCUCUGACAUAUCGCUGUAG